AUGAGCCAGUGGAGGAAGAACCAGCGGCCGCACGAGCCUCCCGGGGCUCUGACCUGGGGUCAUUCCUGUUCUAGAAAGAUGGAUACCUCCGAAUGCCAACCCGAGACCGUGGGGUGCGACCGCCAGCUGACGGCAGCCGUCCUGGCUGUGUCCUUUGUCGUGGGCGUGCUGGGCAACGGGCUGGUGCUCUCGAUGACACUCUUCCGCAUGGCCCGCGCCGUCCCCGUCGUCUGCUUCUUCAACCUGGCCCCAGCCGAUUUCACUCUCUUGCUGUCCCUGCCCAUCGCCAUAAACCACGUGGCCUCCGGCAAGUGGCUCCUGGGCACGCUGGCCUGCAAAUGCUACCUGGCCUUUCUGGUGCUUACCUUCGUAACCAGCAUCUGGCUGCUGGGCCUCAUCUCUGUGGACCGCUGCACCUCCGUCCUCUACCCGGAGUGGGCCCGGAACCACCGCACUGCGCCGCGGGCCGUCUGGCUGGCCGGCGGGGUGUGGCUCCCGGCUGCAGCCACGUGCUCGCCACACCUGAUAUUCCGCACCGGAGGCCCUGGAAAGGUGGCUUCUGGGGAGACAGGUGGCGGUGAUCGUCACUUACUUCCUGCUGGUGCCGCUGGUGACCACCGGCGCCUGCGCCUGCGCCUGCCUCAUCCGCGCCACGCCCGCCGGCCGAAGAGGUCGCCGCUGGUGUUGGUGAGCGCCUUCUUCACCUCCUCGUUCCCCUUUAACGUGAUGCUGUUGGUCCAAAUGGGGCGGCUGAUGGAUCCGACGGAGCCCCCCUACCCCAGGAUGCUGCUCCUCCUCUGGGCCACCUUCUCCCUGGGCUGCUUCCACAGCUCUCUCAGCCCUUUUCUCUAUGUCUUCAUUGGCAGAGAUUUACAGGAAAAGUUUUUCCAGUCGUUGCCCUCUGCCCUGGCCAGGGCGUUUGGUGAGGAGGGUGUUUCUCAGUCAUCCUGCCCACCAAGUGAAGCCCCCAGGGGGUGA